GCGAAGAGGUCGUGCCCACACUCCACGCCGGCCUUUAUAAAAUACGCACUAAAUAUUCAACAAACCUGAUCUCAAACUAUAAACAAUUCUUCAGUGAAACUCACAUUUAAACUACACCUGUGAGCACAACGGACAAUAAGGACCACAGUGCAGUGAUAUGUUAGCGAGUUUUUCUUCAGUCAAGUGUACUACGGACUUUGUUUCGGAAAUGGUGAUAUCGACCCGAGGAGAGUGUUUAUGAGACGUUCUGUAGUGAAAUGAGGAGUCUGUGAUAUAGCUUCAUAAUGUACGCCGUGGUGGUAAUUUGCGCGCUGCUGAGGUUCGGGCGGGCCGCGCUGCCCUACGGCUCGGACAAAUGCAUCAAAGUGUCCGGGGCCGCGGACAACAGUAUCCUGUGCAGGAUCCGGACUCUCGACAGCGAUGGUGCCGGCAUCGCCACUGUGUCCUCCGAUACUAGACAUCUUUCCAUCGAGUGCAACCAUCUCCUGCUCUUCGAAAGCUCUCUACGGGGCCACUACUUCAGCUCUGUGCCAGAUCUCACGGAGUUGUCAAUAAACAAUUGCAAACUUCUCCAAGUUCCCGACGGCACGUUUCAAGACUUGAGAAAACUUAAAAGGCUGAAGCUUCGUUCGAAAAACUUCGAGUGGAGUCCUACCAAGAAUUUAGAGUUAUCUUUGAACACUUUUAAUGGAUUAUCGGAACUGCAUUCGUUGGAUCUUGCUCAAAAUAACAUCAAAUUCGUUCCUUCCGGCGUGUUUUGUUCCUUGGAAAAUUUGAACACGUUGAAUUUGACGCAUAAUAGAAUAAAGACGAUCGGACAGCUUGGGUUAGGCCAAGGAUGUGGCUCUAAUUUGCACUAUCUAGAUCUUAGCCAUAAUGAGAUAAAGUCUCUGCCUGAAGAAUCAGAGUUAUUGAAACUGAGGAGCUUACAGUCUUUAUAUCUGCAACAUAAUAAUAUCACUGACAUAUCAAGCGAAGCAUUCAACGGUCUUGUGUCUAUGAGAGUGCUAAACAUAUCACAUAACCACCUUCACACACUGCCGGAGGGGCUCUUCGCUAACGCCAGAGAGUUACGUGAAGUGUAUCUCAACGACAAUUCGUUAUUUGAGCUGGCUCGAGGCAUAUUUCAUCGUUUAGAACAGUUGAUUGUUUUAGACUUAUCAAGCAACCAACUUACCAGUAACCAUAUCGACGACGGAACAUUCUUGGGACUGAUACGACUUAUUGUUUUAAACUUAUCGAAUAACGCUCUCACAAGAAUCGACGGAAAGACUUUCAAAGAUCUAUUCUUCCUGCAAAUAUUGAACUUGAAGAACAAUUCCAUUGGUUACGUCGAAGACAAUGCGUUUUUGCCGCUUUAUAAUCUGCAUACAUUGAAUUUAGCUGAGAACCGUCUUCAUACUAUUGAUGAGAACUUAUUUAACGGUCUGUUUGUACUGAGCAAGUUAACUCUCAAUAAUAAUUUGCUAGUAAACAUCGACCGUAAAGCUUUCAAGAAUUGCUCGGAUUUGAAAGAGUUGGAUUUAAGUUCUAAUCAACUUUUAGACGUGCCUGAAGCGCUAUGGGAGCUAUCAUUUCUGAAAACGCUGGAUCUCGGUGAAAAUCAAAUAACAGACUUUAGAAAUGGUUCGUUUAAAAACCUGAAUCAACUCACCGGGCUUCGGUUAAUUGACAAUCAAAUUGGAAACUUGAGCGUUGGAAUGUUCUGGGACCUGCCGAGUCUACAAGUGCUUAAUAUAGCAAAAAACAAGAUCCAGUCGAUCGAGCGAGGGACAUUCAGCCGCAAUACACAGUUGGAAGCCAUACGACUGGACGGAAACUUCUUGUCGGACAUUAACGGUGUCUUCUCCACGCUGGCGAGCCUCCUGUGGCUCAACCUGUCGGAGAAUCAUCUAGUGUGGUUCGAUUACGCGUUUGUGCCUAGUAAUUUAAAGUGGUUGGACAUUCACGGUAAUUAUAUCGAACAUUUAGGCAACUACUACAAGUUACAAGACGAAAUUCGUAUAAAGACUUUGGACGCUAGCCAUAAUCGUAUAUCGGAAAUAUCGCCUAUGGCCAUACCGAAUAGUGUUGAACUGUUGUUUAUAAAUAAUAACUAUUUGAACAAUAUACAUGUGAAUACGUUUUACGAAAAGAAAAACUUAACGCGAGUGGACAUGUACGCUAACGAAAUAGUGCAUUUAGAUCAGAACAGUUUGCGUUUAGCGCCAGUGCCGACAAAUAAAACCUUGCCCGAGUUUUACAUAGGCGGAAAUCCUAUUAAGUGUGAUUGUACAAUGGAGUGGUUACAAAUUGUAAACUACACGACUGCCACUAGGCAGUACCCGCGGUUAAUGGACUUAGAAAACGUGUUGUGUAAAAUGACAAACACUCGUAGCGGAACCCAUGUGCCCUUAACGAAUCUCAAGUCGUCGGACUUUCUAUGUGCGUAUGAGACUCAUUGUUUUGCGAUCUGUCAUUGCUGUGAUUACGAUGCGUGCGACUGUGAAAUGACCUGCCCUCAAAAUUGCACUUGUUACCACGACCCAUUGUGGAAUACAAACGUCGUCGACUGUUCCGGACAAUCUUCAAUAGAGGUACCGCAUAAAAUACCCAUGGACGCGACCGAAGUGUUCCUUGACGGUAACAAUAUAAAGGAACUACAAAACCAUGUUUUCAUUGGACGGCAAAAGAUGAGGUCUCUUUAUGUAAACAAUAGCAACGUCGACAACAUUCAGAAUAGAACCUUUGCUGGACUGAAUGCUUUACAAAUUUUACAUUUGGGAAAUAACAAGCUAAAAGAAUUGAAAGGAUACGAAUUCCACCAGUUGAGCAAUUUGAAAGAACUAUUUUUGCAAAAUAAUCUUAUCAGCCACAUUGUGAACGUGACUUUUCUGACUUUGAAGUCGUUGGAAACCCUACGCCUUGACGGCAACCGACUGGUCGACUUUAGCGUGUGGACAUUCAAUAAUAACCCUAAUUUGAAAGCAUUGUCGCUCGGAAACAACCUGUGGUCGUGCAAAUGCCGCUAUUUGCAAGAAUUAACCGCAUACCUGGCUGAAAACGCGCAAAAAAUCAUUGACAUAACCGACGUAUGGUGUUGGAAUGGAGACGCGAAACCGCCACAGAAAAAAGAGCUCAAUUUAAACGGCACCGCUUGCAGCGAUUAUUACGCCGAUAAUUCAGUCAUCGGCAACAUGCUCGUGUCGAACUAUGUUCCAAUGAUGGUCUCGACGCUCACCGGUUUUAUGUUAAUUUUAUUGGCGCUCGUCAUACUAUUCCUUUUUAGAGACUCGCUCAGAGUGUGGUUAUACACGAACUGUGGCAUAAGAGUGUUCUCGUUCGCGGGAGCUUUUGAAGAAAGCGAGAAGUUAUAUGACGCGUACGUAUGCUACAGUCCGAAGGAUGAAGAGUUCGUUGUGCAGUCAUUAGCGGCCGAGUUAGAGAAUGGAAAUCCAUCCUAUCAUCUCUGUCUUCAUUAUCGAGAUAUCCCGCACCACGGGGCGCAAUACAUGCAAUGCGCGCCGCCAGUCGUCGAGGCGGCGGAAGCUUCCAAGCGAAUAAUAAUCGUGCUCACAAGAAACUUCAUGCAAACGGAAUGGUCUCGAUACGAAUUCCGACAAGGGUUGCACGAUGCCCUCAAAGGGUGCAUUUAUAAGUUGGUGCUAAUAGAGGAGUGUACCGUGGUGGCAGACGCAAUAUGCGACCCCGAUUUACGGCCUUAUCUCAAAACGGGAUCGCGUCUCCGCUGGGGACAAAAAAGGUUCUGGGAGCGCCUCAGGUAUAUGAUGCCGGAUUCGUCCCAGCCGAAUCAUAAGCGGCGUAGCCACAACUAUAGGAAGAAUAUAAAUACUUAUACGUUGGAUUCUUCUGUGCCUAACGGUGGGAAUCGUACGAUGCCGUAUCCUGAUAAAUCGCCUGUGAUAGGUGGCGGACAGGGCGCGAGCGCGCCGCCUGAGUACAGCAGUGAGGUGCGUCAAUCACCGUCAGUGGUGAGACAGACGCAAGGAGUGGUGUACGGGCCCGAUGGUCGACCGAUCUCAGACCACAUCUACUCCUCCAUAGACUCGGACUAUUCAUCGUUGGAGCACGGGAUGGCCCCGGGCAGGCGGCGGGACAUCCGCCAAUGGCCUCCCCCGCCUCCUCUAGUUGACACGGGCAAUACCGUGCAAGCUUACCUAGUCUAGGGCCCACGCCCCGCUUCCAGUCAAAAACUAUGUAAAUAAAUGUUAAUUUAGUGCGCUGUAAAUAUUGUAAUUAUUAGACCUUAAGUGCUAUACCAAAUCUAUGUAAUUGUACUAUUUGCCUAUUCGUUAUCCUGUGUAUAGUUUCGUAAUAAAAUUUAAAGACUGCUGUAGAAUAUGUAUUGUAAAUAGCGAAAAACAAGUGAUCAUAGUGUCGGUAAUAUGGCGUUAUUUAUACAAAAUAAAACUAAAAGAUGAAGAUUUAUAA